AUGAAAAGAUUUAUAUCAGGUGGAUAUUAUAAUAGUAACUUUGAUGUAAAUAGUGAUAGUAAUGAUAAACAAUUAGAUAAUAAUAAUAAUAAAAAAGGAGAAGAAGUUUCCAAUUUUUACAAAGAUUCAAUAAAUGAAAACCUAACAAAAUUACCAGCGAGACUAUCGAAAAGAUUGAAACCAACUAAAACCACAUCAGAAACAUCGCCAACAGAUUCAAAUAUAGGUAACGAAAACUUUUAUUGCGAAAUUUGUGAAAGUAAAAUAGAAAAUACAAAUAGAACUCAACACGAAACAUCAAUAACCCAUAUUCUAAGUGCAAGAACAAAAGAUAAUUUCAAACCAGCUAGAUACUCAUCAAGUAAACUUAAAGAUAAUAUUGGAUAUAAAAUAUUACUCGAAAAGGGUUGGAAUGACGGAGAAGGUUUAGGUAUUGACAACCAAGGUUUAAUUAAUCCAAUUGAAAACAAAAAGAAACUAAACAAAUCUGGUGUAGGUAAAGAGAGUGCAAUUAAACAAGAAAAAGAAGAAAAAGAACAAAACAAUAUACUAGAAAACUCCAAUGAUCCAUCAUUAUUAAUUCCACACAGUAAUAAAAAGAAAAAAAUAAAGCAAAUAAAUAAUUUAAAAAAAGAAAGAGAAUCCCAAAUCAGAGAACUAUUAUAA